AUGGUGUCUUUUUGGCCUUGGAAGGGCGAUGUCUCUUCCCCGUCCUCUUUCGAGAAGACCCUCUCGACUCUAUCUAACAAGAUCACAACCACCCAAACUCAACUUGACCGAGCGCGAUCCCGUUCCCGUCGCAUCAAAGUUCUCUGGACUCUCUAUCUCGCUUUCGCUUACCUCGUUUACGCUGUUGUCUUAACCUUAGUGGUCGGGUGGCAGAACAUAGGUCCGUGGGAAUGGACUGGAAUGGCUGGCGGCCCCGUGUUCAUUUAUCUCGUUAGGACCUUCACCAAUGCCUACUUCAGCUUUCGCAUCGACACACUUGAGUCUCGUCUCAAAGACCACCAAACCGAACGCGCCAGUACAAUACAAAAGCUGAAAGAUGCUACCAAAUACGACUCCACCCUAGAAUUACUAGAGAAGUAUGGAGGUUCUGGAGAGAAGCGUGUCCAGCCUAGAAAACAGACGAUAGAAGGCGAAAACCUCAGCAGCGAGCAGAGAAAAGGGGGCAAUAAGAAACCACGACAAGGUGAAGGUUCCGAUAUUUCUAACUCGAGAGUCAACAUUCCCCCUCCGCCAACCGCCAACAUUCAAAGACCACUUCAGCCUCCGAUUCUAGGAGCUCCGGAGUCUCGCCCGGGCUCUUCUCGUAUACCCAACCAUCACGCACCACACCUAGACCAGCAAUCUAUGGAAGAAUUCGCCCCUAAUGCUGGCCCGCUUCCUCCAUCAUAUUCCCAUUAUGAAGUUAAUACAGGUUCACACCACUGGUAUGACCGUAUCAUGGACCUCAUGCUUGGUGAAGAUGAGAUGGCACCCAAAAAUCGAAUCGUAUUAAUAUGUAAAAAUUGCCGCCUGGUGAACGGACAAGCUCCUCCGGGAACACAGUCAUUAUCGGAGUUGGGCCGGUGGAAAUGUAUGUCCUGCGGAGCAACAAAUGGAGAAAUGGAUGAGGGUAAGAAGAUCAUUCGAGAAGUUCUCAGAUCAAAUGAACCAAGCACUGCAUUGGGAGGCGAUGAUCGCGAUAGUGAUCUAUCAAGCGACUUGGUCAAAGGCGAGAAUGACAGCGAAGAUACUGGAGAUACGGAUGGAGGAGAGGCGCCCACUGCCACUCAGCAAUCGAACCAGAGGUAUCGCAACAAAAAAUCACAAAUGGUUCCGUAA